CCAAGAAUUACACAGCAAUGUACGAUGCAAGUACAGCUGGCAAAAAUUUGAACGUAACAACAACUAACCAGAAUUACACAACAGUUAAUAAUGCAACCACACUUGCCACUAAUUUCACAAUAGUGUAUAAUGCAACCACAGCUAGCAGCAAUCGCACAACACUGGACAAUGCAACUACAGCUGGCGAUACUUAUACAACUGCAUACAGUGCAACCACACCAAGCAAGAAUGACACAGCAAUGUACAAUGCAACUACAGCUGGCAACAUAACUGCAUCUGGCAGCAAUUACACAACAGCAUACAAAGAAACCUCAGCUGGCAACAAUUACACAACUGCAUAUACAAUGAACAAUGCAACUACAGCUGGCGACACUUAUACAACUGCAUACAGUGCAACCACACCAAGCAAGAAUGAAACAGCAAUGUACAAUGCAACUACAGCUGGCAACAGUUUUAGUACAACUAGAACUAACAAUAAUUACACAACAGCAGUCAACAGUACAACUACAGCUAGCAAUAAUCACAAAGCAGUGAACAAUGCAACUACAGCUGGGAACAAUUAUACAGCUCCGUACAGUACAACUGCACCUGGCAACAAUUAUAAUGCAACUACAGCUGGCAACACUUUUAAUACAACUACAACUAACAAUAAUUACACAACAGUCAACAGUACAACUACAGCUGGCAACAAUUAUAAUGCAAAUACAGCUAGCAAUAAUUACACAGCAAUGAACAAUGCAACUACAGCUGGCGACACUUAUACAACUGCAUACAGUGCAACCACACCAAGCAAGAAUGACACGGCAAUGUACAAUGCAACUACAGCUGGCAACAGUUUUAGUACAAUUAGAACUAACAAUAAUUACACAACAGCAGUCAACAGUACAACUACAGCUGGCAACAAUUACAAUCCAAUUCCAACUACAGCUAACCAAAAUGACACAGUAACUGCAUCUGGCAGCAAUUACACAACAGCAUACAAUGAAACCUCAGCUGGCAACAAUUACACAACUGCAUAUAGUGGAACCACACUGACCAAGAAUUACACAGCAAUGUACGAUGCAAGUACAGCUGGCAAAAAUUUGAACGUAACAACAACUAACCAGAAUUACACAACAGUUAAUAAUGCAACUACACUUGCCACUAAUUUCACAAUAGUGUAUAAUGCAACCACAGUUAGCAGUAAUCGCACAACACUGGACAGUGCAACUACAGCUGGCGAUACUUAUACAACUGCAUACAGUGCAACCACACCAAGCAAGAAUGACACGGCAAUGUACAAUGCAACUACAGCUGGCAACAGUUUUAGUACAACUACAGCUAACAAUAAUUACACAACAGUCAACAGUACAACUACAGCUGGCAACAAUUAUAAUACAACUACAGCUAGCAAUAAUCACAAAGCAGUGAACAAUGCAACUACAGCUGGGAACAAUUAUACAGCUCCGUACAGUACAACUGCACCUGGCAACAAUUAUAAUGCAACUACAGCUGGCAACACUUUUAGUACAACUACAACUAACAAUAAUUACACAACAGUCAACAGUACAACUACAGCUGGCAACAAUUAUAAUGCAAAUACAGCUAGCAAUAAUUACACAGCAAUGAACAAUGCAACUACAGCUGGCGACACUUAUACAACUGCAUACAGUGCAACCACACCAAGCAAGAAUGACACAGCAAUCUAA